CGUUCGUGCAUGGAACAUCCUAACAAUCCGAGGUUGUUGUUCUCCCUUGGAAGAAGAACUGCUGUUUGGAUGAACAAGAAGGCUGCUUAAGAGCCACUUCCUUCCUUACUCGGCGGGCCAGUAUGGAAUCAGAAGAUUAUAAAUUCGUGCCGAGCACUUUGUCCAACAAACCCGCUUCAAGGCUGCAGGGACGCACGACCACUUGAACAUGGAGGAUGUUACCGGACUGCUUGUGGCUGUGCUGCUUGUCCUGGCGGGGAGGCUCGGUGGGACGGAGCCGAAUGGCGGCUCCUGCUUUGGGAAGCAGUGUUACGCCGUGCAUAGACGCGCGGGUGACUUUACGAGCGCGCAGAAUCAAUGCAAAGAACAAAACGGCCACUUAAUGACUGUGGGCUCGCAAUCGACACACGAUGCGCUCGUUGCGCUUUUGGGGAACGCUUCUGGUCACUUCUGGAUCGGUCUGCACCGCCCCAUCAGGUGCCCCGAUGCAACACUUGGCCUUAAAGGCUACGAGUGGGUGACGGAAGACGGUGAAAGUGUUUUUAACAACUGGGCUGAAACUUUUGACCGCAGCUGCUCCUCACCGCGAUGCGUCACUGUAUCCGCGGAGGAUGGGUUCCGGUGGACGCAAAAGCGCUGCGACGCGAGGGUGAGUGGCUUUCUGUGCGCGUACAGCUUCGACUACGCGUGCACACGCCUGAACGAGGAGGAGGCGGCGGGGGAGUAUGUCAUCUACACCAACCCCCUGGGGUUAGGAGAGGAGGGUCUGCAUUCCCUGCCCCCCGGAAGCACCGCCAUACGGAUGCCGAGCGAGCUCAAGCACGUCUGCUUCUUCCAGAAGUGGCUGCAGGCUCCGUGGAGCUGCGAGAUCUUCCAGGGGGGUUGCGAGCACAAGUGCAUCGCCGGUCCGGACCACCAACCUUCCUGCUACUGCCCGCCCGGACUCUCCAUACACCCCGUUAACAAAGUCACAUGCGAGGAGGACCCGGAUGGCCCGUGCACCCGUUUGGGGUGCGAGCACGCCUGCUUGGAGGACCCCCACGGCGCCCACUUGUGCAUGUGCGGCCACGGAUUCGAAUUGGCAUCGGACGGACGGUCGUGCGUGGACUUCAACGACUGCACAGACGAACGCCAGUGUCCCGGGGAGAACUUCCGCUGCGUGGACACGGCGGGCGGCUACAGGUGCGUCUGCGAGGAUGGCUUCAAGCUGACCGGCGGCGUGUGCGUGGAUCAGGACGAGUGCGCGUCCGCCCCUUGCGAGCACAUGUGUCACAACACCCCGGGAAGCUACAGAUGCUCAUGUUAUGAAGGUUACAUAGAGGACACCCACUCUGCAAACACGUGUAAGCUGCAUUGUGGCAAGGAGGAGUGCAAAGCAGAGUGUGACCCAAACGACCAGUACCAGUGCUUCUGUCCGGACGGUUACAUCGCAGAGGAGCGGCUCGACGGCACCGUGUGCAUCGACAUGGACGAGUGCGCCUUCGCUUACUGUGAGCAUCGCUGCAAGAACACCUACGGCAGCUUUAAGUGCUCCUGCCGCAAAGGUUUCGCUCUGGUGGAUGAGGUCUUCUGCAAACGCAAAAGCGAGGACGAGGAUGAAGAAUGGGAGGGCUCCGGGGAGGCUUUGACGAGCCCGAGCGCCUCCACUCUAACCCCAAAUGUGGGUCCAACCGGGCAGCCCUCGGCGGUGACGGUGGGAGGCCUGGUGGGCAUCAUCGUGUGCUGCGUGUUUGUGGUGGUGCUGGUGGUCUUCCUGGCUCAGCACCUCCUCAAGAAAAGAGGGAAAAUGGAGAGAGAAGCCACGUUGAAAGCCUCGGGAGGAGGCGGAGGGGAGGCGCACAGUUUACACAAGAUGGAGGUUGUAAUGUAACAAAACAACGACAACGGAAAGUUUGCAACACAAAUAAAUUAUACAAGAAAACCGUGUUUGU